CACGGAGCCCUGGUGGCUCUGAUGUCUCCUGCCCUAGGAGGACGCCUGGCCGAGGGGCGGGGCUGGCGGUGCCGGAGCAGGUGUGGUGCUCCCACGGCCAGCGGCCCAGGUGGACCCUCCCAGAGCCCCCGGCUGAGGUCCGGGCAGCCAGCGCCUGACACGUCAGCUCAGGUCCCCUGCUCAGCCCGGCUCACCGAGCCUCAGGGCCGAUGGCCGGUCUGAACGUGUCCUUCUCCUUCUUCUGCGCCACCUUCGCCCUCUGCCAGGCGGCCAGGCGUGUGGCCAAGGCCCUGCUCUCGGGGGGUGCCUAUGCCCACUUUGCCCGGGAGGUGGUGGGUGCUGCCCAGUUGGGGGCCUGCUGCCUGGAGAUGGGCAUGCUGGUGGAGAUCGGCCCCUGGGCCGGGGGCUUCGGGCCGGACCUGCUGCUGACCCUGCUCUUCCUGCUCUUCCUGGCGCACGGGGCGACCUUGGACGGGGCCUCGGCCAAUCCCACCGUGUCCUUGCAGGAGUUCCUCCUGGCCGAGGCCUCUCUGCCCAGCACCCUGCUGAAGCUGGCAGGCCAGGCGCUGGGCAUGCAGGUGGCCCGCGCCCUGACGCGGCUCUUCUGGGCCUGGGAGCUCAGCGACAUGCACGUCCUGCAGCACCUCAUGGAGGCGCACUGCAGCUCGGCCCUGCGCACGGCCGUGCCCCACGGUGCGCUGGUGGAGGGCUCCUGUGCCUUCUUCUUCCACCUGACGCUGCUCCGCUUCCAGAACAGUCAUCCAGUGUACAGGGUGCCAGCUGUGGCCCUGCUGGUCACUGUCAUGGCCUAUACAGCUGGGCCCCUCACGGCUGCCUUCUUCAACCCCGCCCUGGCCGCCUCCAUCACCUUCCACUGCUCCGGGCACACCUUGCUGCAGUACGCCCAGGUGUACUGGCUGGGCCCUCUCACAGGGAUGGUCCUGGCUGUCCUGCUGUAUCACGGCCACCUCCCUCGCCUUUUCCAGAAGAACCUGCUCUACCGUCAGAAGAACAAGUACCGCACCCCGAGAGGAAAGCCAGCUCCUGGGCCCGGAGUCACCCAGAUGCCUGCCGAGGGCUGCAGGGGACAGGGGCCUGGCCUGCGAGGCGCGGGCAGCAGCUGCUGAGGACGGGCCCUGGCUGGACCCUGGGGCCUCCCGGAGCUGAGCAGGGACCAGACCGGCCCCCACCUCCCCGGAAACCACUUGUCAAUAAACCAUCCCUGAGACCUGCGCCUCCCUGGGCCUGAGAGGCUUGUGACGGGCAGGCAGGCUGAGGCCGGGCCGCGGUGGGGUCUCCUCCUCCCUCUUCCCA